AUGCAUACCUUCGGCUCCAGCAAAGCCGAUCCAAGCCAAUCGAUGGCGAUGGAGCUGGAGAUCCGCAUGCUGAGCGGGCGCUAUGUGAGACUGUCCGUUUCACCAGCUGCACAAGUCCACGAGCUGACGCAAGCUGCCCAAGAGCAUUUCCGAGUGGGCUUUCUGAGCUUGACCUCCUCGGAGGGGCUGCUGCUGAACCCCUGCAGCGCCAUCCACGAGGUCGUGCAGCCAGGGGACAUCUUGUGCGCCACAGCCAGGCCCUACGAGGUGGUCUCGAGCCGAUGGAUGGGCAAGGCCUUUGCGGUGUUUCUGCUGAACGGUCCGGCGGUGACCUGGGGAGAUCCCCGGUUCGGCGGGGACUGCCGACGGGUCAAGGACCGGCUGAGGCAGGUCCAACAAAUCGAGGCCUCCUAUGGCGCCUUCGCCGCCAUCGGCGCGGAUGGCUCGGCGUUGACCUGGGGGGACACGCGCUUUGGUGGGGACAGCUCCCAGGUCCAAGACCAGCUGACGCAAGUCAAGCAGAUCCGUGCCUCGUACGGGGCCUUUGCAGCUCUGCUGGCCGAUGGCUCUGUAGUCACUUGGGGCAAUCCGCGCACUGGCGGAGAUAGCAGCAGCGUACAACACUUGCUACGAGGCGUACAACGAAUUGAGGCCUCGGGCUCCGCCUUCGCGGGGAUCUUGUGGGACGGCUCCGUGGUGACCUGGGGCGACCAGCGGGGCGGCGGCAACUCCUCCGCCGUGGCCAGCGAGCUGCGCCAGGUGUGUGGGAUCCAGGCCUCCUACGGGGCCUUCGCCGCCCUCUUCUCGGAUGGGCGGGUGGUGACCUGGGGCGGCGCUGAUUUUGGGGGCCAGAGCGGCCAUGUGCAACAUCAGCUCAGAGACGUCUACGCGGUCGAGGCCUCGGAAAGCGCCUUCGCAGCGCUAAAACGCGACGGCUCAGUGGUCACUUGGGGCGCCCCGGAGCACGGCGGCGAUAGCCAAGGUGUCCAAGGCGAGCUGCGGGGCAUCGCGAAGAUCGCGGGCUCCGGGGCCGCGUUCUGCGCCGUGAGGGCGGAUGGCUCCGUGGUGACCUGGGGGGACCCCCGCUUCGGCGGGGAGGUGCCGCCCGAGGUGCAGCAUCGCCUGCAGAACGUGCAGCAGGUGCGAGGCUCCUUCGGCCAUUUUGCUGCACUUCUGGCAGAUGGAUCGGUGGUGACUUGGGGCGACCCAGACUUCGGAGACGCCCAGCACGUCCAGCCGCUGCAGGACGUGCGGCACCUGCACGCCUCCUCCGCGGCCUUCGUGGCGGUGAAGGGCGACGGCCAGGUGGUCGCCUGGGGCCAUCCGCAGAAGGGCGGCACCAUCAGUGCGGCCGUGCAGGCGCAGCUGAGGCAGCUCUGAGUCAGGGCGUCGGGUAGGCUUGGCCCAGACGCAUACGCCAAGGCACCGCCAUGAGAUUUUUGGGAUUACUU